AUGGUGAUAAGUGAACAAUGGUCUAUGUAUCAUGAGGAUAACAUUGAAAAAGAUAGAAUUGUGAAAGAAAAAUUGUUAGAUGAUGGCUGGUGGGAUUCAGUAGAUUAUAUUCUUCGUUUUACUGAGCCGAUUUAUUCGAUGUUGAGAAUUUGUGAUACGGAUAAACCUUGUCUGCACUUGGUUUAUGGGAUGUGGGAUACCAUGAUAGUUAAAGUGAAACAAGUUAUCUUUGAGCAUGAGAUGAAGAGUGACUUAGAGGAAUCUAGCUUUUGGAAUGUUGUAUGCAACAUGUUAGAGGACAUGUGGAGUAAAAGCAACACUCAAUUACAUUGCUUGGCCCAUUCCUUGAAUCCAAGGUGCAUUACAGAGGAUUGGAUAAAAGAGCAUCUGUAUCUUCAAGCACCAAAUCACGAUGCAGAUAUUGUUAAAAUGAUAAAAAAUUGUAUCAAAUGUCUUUUUCCUGAUGCAGAAACACGAACAACAGUAACACUAGAGUUCGCUAAUUUUUUUGGAUGCUUUGAAGAGUUUGGUGAUGAAGAUUCUAUACGAGAUAGAUUGAAGUUGGAUCCACUGAAAUGGUGGGUAGCUUAUGGUAUAGGAGCCCCACAUCUUCGAUCUCUUGCCGUGAGAUUACUUGGUCAAGUUUCUUCCUCAUCAUGCUGUGAAAGGAAUUGGAGUACUUAUUUAUUCAUCCACUCUACAAAAAGAAAUCAGAUUACUGUAGAACGUGCUGAGGAUUUGGUCUAUGUACAUAGCAAUCUCCGUUUGCUAUCUAGAAGAGCUCCACAAUAUAUGAAAGGUGAAUCUCAGAUGUGGGAUGUGGCAGGGGAUGCAUUUGAUGCCAUGGAUGAUAUUGGAAUUCCUGGAAUUGCUAAUCUAACUCUUGAUGAACCUGAGUUGGAGUCUAUAUUAUUUUGUGAUGAUGGAGAAGGAGAAGGACCAAGUAAUUCCUUUUAUUUUGUGUUUGUUGUCAGCCUUGAUGUAGCAGUGGACGAGGAGGAUGAGGACGUGAAAGAUGAGUUGUAG